UCAGAUCCGAGAACAAAGACCCACCGCUAUAGAUAUGUGGCCGAGCAAAGCCGGUCUCGGGGUCCAGCUAAGCUACGGACUUGAAGGCAGUGCCAUCAACCUUUCCGAAACCAACGCUGGUGGAGAUGAGGCCCUGUGGAAGCUCAGUCGCGUGCGUAACGGCGGAAUCACCCUCCACAAAAUCGGGCAUUCCCGUAAAACACUUGUCCCCAGUCAAAUACAGAAGCAAGCCAUCCAAAAUGAAACAACAACCACAAACUUGAGCACGGUUGAUGCCCAAAAGAAUGAGGUCUACGUACCGCAGGGCCUCUAUAAAACGCUCAUGAACGAAUCCAACAACCUUCUCUCACGGUACAUUCUUGAUCCGUCCAUAGGCCAACUUUUCGACACAGGAGUGGUAAAGACACCCACAAGAGUCAAGCAAACCAUUGCCUAUGUCGGUGACGAGACCGGCACCACCGCCCACAUCGCCGUCAUUGUUCACAGGAACGAAGUGGUCACCGGCUCACAGAACACUGCGGCCAUUCGCGUUCCACGGAUAGCGCGGCCAUAUUCACUCAAACUCCCUACGCCCAUAAAGCAGGUGCAAUUCCCAAAGUUGGCUGUGCACAUGGAAACCACGUCACCGUACCUAGCUAUCCGUACAGAGAGCGAUAUAUACAUAUUGAAGCUUACAGGGUCCCGGGGUGAUUUAGAGAUACAGUUAGUGGGUAGCUUCACCACGGCUGAGUUAGAGAGCGAAAACUUUGCCGACGUCGCGUUUAAUCCGUGGGAUAUCACACAGUUUGGGGUCAUUGAUGUCAAGGGCAACUUUGGGGUCUGGAAUAUUAAGGAAAAGAACUUCCAAACGCUUCAGCGAGUAGAGCUUAGCGGAACGUCCAUUCAGGAUACCACUGUUCUCUCAUGCUGGAAGCGUAUCAUGUGGAGCUUUGACUUCAAUUCGGUGUUUGUAAUGAGCAGAGCAGAGGUGGUCAACUACAGCAUCAAAACCCAGGAACGCACGACAAUCAUCACCGCCAACACAUGGUCCACCAUCAUGGACUUUAAGCGGUGUGUGAACAACGAUAGCCAUGCGUUUAUUCUCACCUCCCAGGAGCUCAUAUUUGUGCUGCUAAAGGGUCAGAUCAAGCGGUUAGUGUCGUGGAAGCACUAUUUGGACAGCAGUGACCCAUCCUUGAGGCUCAGCAUCCCCGAAACCCACGUAUCCUCGCAUAUUCUCGUGACAAUAUACUCCCAGACCCACCCUCUAGUGUUUGUGUACCAAUUCUCCUUCCAAGACGGGCUACCUGUUUCUAUACAAGAUCCGUUUUACCUCAACCGGGAUUCCGACACCGCAUCCAGAACGCUAGUGAUGCUCCCAGCCGAGGACACAUCGUCGGAGCUGGGGAAAGAGUCGUAUGGAGAGGGCACCAAAGUCUUUGCGCUUCUCAGCAUGUCCACAGAGUUGGAGCUUUCCCUUGCAAUGUACUCCACCGAGCCUCUGCUCAGUGUUGUAUCUUCUAAACGAAGACAGGAUAGCAGAGAAUCAACUCCCGAUGAGCCCGUAGUCCAGACCAGCGCAAAAAGGUAUUUCCCCCGUGUGACGGUUAACGGCCUCUGGAGGAAGAGUCAAGCACUCUUUGGUAACCUUGACGAUGUGGACAGUUACGUCGAUAACUCUGCGGACGUAGAUGCCGGGACAGAGGAAGCGAUUCAAGACUACGCAUACCGCUUGGGUUUGGCGGUGACCGCGAAAACCACACCGGGCCAGACCGUUUCUCUCUCACAGCUCGUGGAACCUCCCAGGAAAAUCAACCAUAUCGAGGAACUCCAGUCGAUGGUAGAUCAGUUCAAGGAGCACUACGCCUCCAGCGUGCUUGAGUUUUCCGACAUUGCCACCUACGCGCACUUGUUCUCGGGCGCGGAAGCAGAGAGUAACAAUGUGUCAUCGGAUAUGCUCCAACAAAGAGUCUCCACCAUGACCGAGCUCUACCGGGAGCUAAGCCAAGUAUGGUGCAUUGCUGAAUCCGCAGAUCCCGAGCUCCGCCGGGAAACUGCGCACUGCGUCUCUGCCAUCACCAAGAGCUUCGGAUUGAGCCUUAUUUCAGUGACACAUAAAAUUCCUCCCCAGGCGGAGGAGGAGACGCUACAACGGAGCAUUGACCGAUUACCCCUGAAGCUAAAGGAGUUGAUUCUGGAAUGGGACGAAGAGGGCUACGAGGAAGAACCGAUGGAAGACUUUACGGACGAGCGUUUCUCCCAGAGAUUCGCCAACUCUUUCACCCCAAUGAUCAACGUUUCCCAAAAGCUGCAGUCGUCUCAGAGUUUGCCCUCGAGACGAGUGGUGGCCCCGCGGACAAGCUCUUCGUCCCAAGUCCGCGCCACGCCGGUUCCCAGAAUGCACAUCUCGCAGGGGGUUCCAACCACGGGCUUUUCCCAGUCUAAUCCAUUAUUUGUUCCCUCGCAGAGCCAGGUAGCUCCGCAGAGGGCCAACCCGCCGUCACAGGGUGGUAAAAAGAAAAAGAGAAAGAAAGGAGGUUUUGCAUAGUGUAUCAUGCAUACUUACAUAUAGAACGAUUAGAUAGCGGAGGUGAAUGCUACGUUUUCAUUUGGUUUAUACCAGGUUGUAUAUGCGGGAAACCGGAUUCGGU